AUGCCAACCCAACAGCAACAUCAACACCAACACGGAGAUGGUGACCCACCCUCUCAACCCCUGCCCUCAAUCGGGUCCCCACCAUCCCCUUCCUAUGCCUCCAUGGCAGCUGGAACCCGUAGUAACAAUAAACUUCUCAUUCACUCAGUGUUUACCGACCCCGAAGAGGGUCACCUUGCUGCUGCCGCUCUUGCACCAAAGGGAGCUCGACUGGGCGACCUGGUGAACCCAAGAGCUGUUGCAUACAUCGUCCCCAAAACUAUUUCUUCUGGCGCGUUUUCGGAUGCAGUCAGAUCCACCCACUCAACUCUGUUCAAAGCCCAUGAUGACAUAGCACCUCUCCAUAUUCUUAGCAACAUGGCCUUCCCCUGCGCUGACAAUGUCCACCAUCGCAUUGAAAUUGUGUACCAUGAAUCUCUGGACACUACAGCUGUUUCCACCACUCCCAUUACCGUCGACGACAAGCAGUUUGCCCCUCUUUCAUCGACUGUUCCUCACAUUAUCACCCGUUUCGUCUUCACGGAUUACCAGUUCCAGACUUCCCUUGAUUUUGGCACCCACCUGGAGCAGUUCUGCUCUUGGUACUUUGAGGACGCCAAGAGAAUGGGCAAAGUCAUCAAGAUCGAGAUCCCUCUGUUCCCUACCCCCAACGGCAACCACGAGGCUCGCAGCCAGUUCGCUGUUUAUGUCAAGAGUGACAAGACUGCGGACGAAUUUAAGAUUGACCGCUUGCUCUCCUUGGGCAACCAUGACAUCACUAUGACCGAAUGUCAUGAUCAGGCUCAGGAUAAAGGAGAAGAGGUCUUUGAUGAGGAUUUCAAUUUGGAGGGAGCUAACCUGGGAGACCUUGACAGAGCUACCUACAAUACUGAACACUCCAUUUCCUCCGACAACAACGACCUCCCCAUGGAGGAUGCUAUGGCUGCUUCUAUAGCAGCGCGGAUCAAGGCAAGACGCUCCGUAGCCAAGACCGCGGUCGCCACAGCAGUUAAGACCAUCACCAAGACAUCCAACAACAUCUACACCAAAGAAG